AUGCCUGUUUACUCUGAUGUAGGUCCAAUGGAGUUCAGUGAGACUUACUCUCAGACACCUGAAUUUGAGGAUUCAGAGCCUACUGUGACGGGUCAGAUACUUUUAGCCAUUGCUAGCCUGAGGGACACAGACAAAAAUAGCAUCCAGGCAGCUUCAACUAUGCUGAAUUCACUCUUGAAAAAAGAGAGGAACAAACUGAGGGGAAAGGUGCCAGAAAUCAUUGAUAUUAUUUAUUUCCACCUGCGAGCUAUCCAGGAACCUAGUGCAAGAGAAGUUGCCAUAGGGGCUGUGUGCCUCCUGGCUGAAAAACACACAGAAGAAACUGUUUCAAGCCUUCUGAAACUCUCAUUGCUUUGUGACAGGCAUAUCACUCAAAUCUGGGAAGCCUUGGGCCAAGCUAAACAACCUGUAAGACUCCAGGUUCUUGCCAAGCUUCUCGAAGUGCUGAAAAGGAAACCUUGCCUUAGCGGCGAACGCCCGGGAUCAGAUGGAAAGUUCGCAGACAACUCCUCCCUUCUACCUCUAGCCGCAACAAAGGCCCUGUGCAUAAUAUUUAGGGAUAAAAAGUGCAAAAUCCCUAUGAACAGCUAUUACGUAUCUGUGAUCAUCUUCCUGGUUAUUCAGCUGCACUACUUGAUGAACUGUACAGAUUCCGAACCUGGACAGGAGGACAUAAUCAGAACAUCAAACUACAUAAGCUGCACCAUGGAUGCUUUAAAGGCCUUGGUGAAAAGGCAGAAGGCCCCUCAGGCGUGUUUUACGAGUCUAACAGGAAGCUGGGACCUUUUGGCUUCACCAGAGAACUACCUCGAAGGAGUUCUCCUUCUCGCCAGAGCCCUUGUCAAACAUCAUCAUGGGCUUGACUAUGCAGUAUUUACCAAGGUGAUUCCUCUUCUCCAUCAUGGGGAUGACCAACAGAAGCUGACGGCAAUGGCCUUUUUCACUGCACUUCUUUCGUCUGAAUCCACCUACACGGUGCUACAAAAGCAUUACAUUCUGGGCCUGUUGAAGAACUGGCAGGCUGAUUCAUGUCCAACCUACCGCUGGCUCAGUCUCCAUGGAAUGGGCAAUGUGGCGCGUCAUCUGCAAAACAAGAAAGAGCUCUCCAACCUGCUCCUGGGUAUACUUCCAAGUUUUAACGACACUGAUGAGAAGGUGAUUUUGACAGCUAUGGAGGUCAUAAACAAGAUCGUAACACUCCACAAAAACAAUAUAAACAUGAACAUAUUUGUGAAGAUCGUCAAACAGCUUCAGCCUUUCUUGGCCGACGGGAGACCCAAAAUAACCUGUGCGGCAAACAGGCUGUUUCAAGACAUGAUUAAGAACCUGGAUGUGAAAGAAAAAGCCGCUUUGCAGGACCAGGUUCUCAACAGUAUUGUCACAUUGCUACUGAACCUCCAAGAUCCACAUCUGACUGCGGCUAAGAGUCGUAGAGACAGCUUAAAAGAGUGCAAAGUCUUCUUGGGAUGGACUGCAAAUGACAACCAGGACUCUUGGAGCAUGAUUUGCAAGCACCUUGUUAAGGAACAUCCAGGAAAACUACGGAACUUUCUGGACCAGGCGCAAGACUACACUCAAAGCCCACAAACGUAUACAAGAACUGCAGCCACCAUGUUUAUAGAUUCUAUCUUGGAGCACUUAGAUUCCAGUCCUCUACAAAAGUCAGAAGUGGACUUCCUGAGGCAAGCUUUCAGCUCUUUCCCAUCAGAAGCACAGCGCCCUGUCCCAGUUGUUCCAGAACCAGAAAAAGUACGCAGGUACUGCGCAGACUUGUUCAGAUGUUCCCGCUAUUUCCCAAGAUCUUGUAUUUGAUGCCUGUAUCUGAAGUUAAUAUCCAUCUGAAUAAAGAGCACUGUAUGAAAUUUCAC